AUGAACCACACAGAGAUUACAGAAUUCAUCCUCGAGGGUCUUUCUGACGAUCCUGACCUCCAGAUUGUGAUCUUCCUCUUUUUAUUAAUCACAUACAUAUUAAGUGUCACUGGCAACCUGACUAUCAUCAUUUUGACUUUUUUAGAUGCUCAUCUACAAACACCAAUGUAUUUCUUCCUCCGGAAUUUUGCUUUCUUGGAAGUCUCAUUUACAAGUGUAUGCAUCCCUAGAUUUCUAGGGUCUAUUGUCACUCGGAAUAAGACAAUUUCCUAUAACAACUGUGUUGCUCAACUCUUUUUCUUUAUCUUCAUGGGGGUGUGUGAAUUUUACAUUCUCACUGCCAUGUCCUAUGACCGCUAUGUGGCCAUCUGCAAGCCCCUGCACUACACGACCAUCAUGAGCAGAAGACUCUGCACACUGUUCGUGCUCUGCGCCUGGCUGGGAGGGUUUCUGACUGUUUUCCCACCCCUUAUGCUUUUGCUCCAGCAGGAUUACUGUGCUUCCAACAUCAUUGAUCAUUUUGCAUGUGACUUUUUUCCCCUUUUACAACUGUCUUGCUCAGAUACAUUGUUUCUAGAAGUGAUUAGUUUCUAUGUUGCUCUGGUGACUCUGCUGUUCACGUUGGCGUUGGUGAUUUUAUCUUACAUCUGCAUCAUCAGCACCAUUCUGAGGUUCCCAUCCGCCAGCCAGAGGAAAAAGGCUUUCUCCACCUGCUCCUCUCACAUGAUUGUCAUCUCCAUCUCCUAUGGAAGCUGCAUCUUCAUGUACGCCAACCCCUCUGCAAAAGAAAAGGCAUCAUUGACCAAAGGAGUGGCAAUUCUCAAUACUUCUGUUGUCCCUAUGUUAAAUCCCUUCAUUUAUACCCUAAGGAACCAGCAAGUAAAGCAAGCAUUCAAGAGUGUAGUACACAAAGUAUUAUUUUCUGUAAGUAAAUGA